AAUGACAAACGUCACAUAGCACUUUGUGACAUUUUUAUAGCUGCCUUUUCUUAUUUUUUGCAACUUGAGCUGUUUGCAAAAUGAGCCCCACCCUUUUUCUGCAAAUUUAUUAAUGAGCACCGCCCUACUACCUCAAUGGCAUCCAAAACUCUCCUGCUGGCUGCUGUUGCUGUAUUUUCUCUUUCCCUACCAACCGCAGUCUCUUCUUUAGAGUGUAGUUACGUGUUUCCGGAAUUCCAAAACCCACGGACCUGUCUUGAAUAUGACUUAACUACCCUCUCUACUUAUGGGCCUUAUAACAUCACUCCUAAUGGACCAACUGGGUUUAGAUAUUUGAUUAAGAUAUGUGACUUAGCAUCAACAGAUAGACCAGAUGCUUGUGCCAGUAAGCCAUUAGCUCCUGCUUAUGCUUAUAAUGUUGAAACUGAUGAGUGCUAUGCACUGGGCAAUCUUAAAUAUGAUUUUGCUUAUCCAUUGGAUCCAACUAACAGCAGGGCUGGUAUUAGAGUUACCUAUACCAAUGGAGAUGGUGGGAAUGGAGUAUGGCCUAGAGCUAUCAUCUAUGAUCUCUAUUGUGACACUUCUGGCACUGUUAAGACUCCAGAAUUCUCAUAUGAAUAUCCUGUGGAUACAUACAGAUUUACAUGGAGGACACAUUAUGCAUGUCCACUUGUACAGACUGGAAGGACUUGCUCUUUACCGAAAUUUAAUAAGACAUGGGAUUCACUUCGUUUUCGCACUGCUCCAUCUUGGUACGGGAAAGAAAAAUUUGGUAUAUUUGUAUGCCUUGGUCUGUACAGUGUUCCAGCAUACUUGAAUGAAUGGUACUGGGAGAGGCUGAUGACUGGUGAUCCAAGGUAUGUUGAGUUUCAUAAUAAGAACUAUGGAUGCAGUGGAGUUCAACCGAAAAAAUUCCCAUGCACUGGACCACCUUUCACUUUUCAGGAUUUUGCUCCAAUGCUUAAAAUGGAACUGUUUGAUCCAGACCACUGGGCCAGUGUAAUUAAAAAUGCUGGAGCUAAAUACAUUGUAUUCACUACUAAGCAUCACAGUGGAUGGACAAACUUCCCCAGUCCACAGCACUGGAACUGGAACAGCAUGGAUGUUGGUCCACACUUGGAUAUAACUGGUAAUUUGACAGCUAGCCUUAGGAAACAAGGAAUCUAUGUGGGGCUGUAUCAUAGUCUAAGAGAAUGGUAUCAUCCAUUGUAUUUGGAGGAUCAAAAAAAUAAUUGCUCUACUACUUCAUUUGUUGAUGAAGUUCUAAUGCCAACAUUGAAGGAUAUGACUCUUAAAUAUAAACCUGAUAUUAUAUGGGCGGAUGGAGCAGGUGAUGCUCCAUGUACUCAUGAUUCAAUUAAAUAUUGGAAGACUCCUGAAUUCUUUAGUUGGCUUUAUAAUGAGAGUCCUGUUAACAUGACUGUACUGACCAAUACCAGAUGGGGCAGUAAUUCUGUUGGUAGUUUCAUGGAAGGUGGAGAUAGAUUCACUCCUUACACUCUUAUUAAGAAUAAAUGGGAGACUCCAUACACAAUACAAAAGUCUUCCUGGGGAUAUGACAGAGUAGAAGAUUUAUCCUCUUUUUGGGACACAACUCACUGUCUAUACAUAUUAGUAACUACAGUCUCUUGUAAUGGUAAUCUAUUGCUUAACAUUGGUCCUAUGGCUGACGGUACCAUUGACCCUCUUUUUGAGGAGAUAUUGCUAGAGAUGGGACAAUGGUUAACAGUCAAUGGUGAGGCUAUAUACAACAGUAUACCAUGGACUCAUCAGAAUGACACUCCAGCAGAAGAUAUAUGGUACACAGCAUCUGAAGACUGGCAGAAUGUCUAUGCUAUUUCUUUCAGAGCUCCUACACCAGGUGGAGAGCUUGUACUACAGCAGCCUAAACCUUCUAAACAGACCACCAUGACACUGCUAGGAGCUGAUGGAAUCACUCUUGAUUUCACUGUUGAUUCUGAUGGAGGGGUACACAUUCACUUUCCAACUAACCUACCUUUUGCUAAACUUGCUGGUAAAGGAGCUUGGACCAUUAAAAUGACUAACGUCACAUAAUAUGACAAGCCUUGAUGUAAUAUCUGUGCAUUAACUGACAUUUGCUGUUCUUAUUUUGCUAAUUGCUUUUUAACUUUGCAACAAAAUGAGCCAUUCUUUCUGCA